AGAGGCCUUUCCGCCAUUUUCUGUGUUGUGAUGCUUUUAAUUUAAAUAACACUUUAUUUAUAAACUGUUGGAGUUUUGUGAGUUUGUGCUGUUGUGAAUAUUACUUAGAUUACUAAAAUUAUUAUUAUGAGAGGAAGGUCCAAUCGCCGUUCAAGGAGCAGAGACCGAAGACGAUCCCGAAGCCGAGACCGUGGCUAUGGCGGAGGCGGCAGGCGAAACGCUGCUGGCGCCAAUUUACGAAAGCCCCGUUGGGACUUGAGUCGUCUAGAACCAUUCAAAAAAGACUUUUACAUACCACACCCCGCAGUACAAAACCGACCCAUCUACGAAGUGGACGAGUGGAGGAAAUGCAAGGAAAUAUCGCUGAAAGGCAAAGGUAUCCCGGAACCGGUGCUCUCGUUCGAAGAAGCCGGCUUCCCCGAUUAUGUGAUGUCUGAGGUUAGGAAGAUGGGAUUUAAGAAUCCCACUCCGAUUCAGUCCCAAGGUUGGCCUAUAGCUUUGUCGGGCAGAGAUAUGGUCGGCAUUGCUUCCACGGGGUCGGGGAAAACGUUGUCGUAUAUCCUUCCUGCCAUCGUUCACAUAAAUAAUCAGUCCAGGCUGCAGCGAGGUGAUGGACCCAUUGCCCUCGUCUUGGCGCCCACCAGGGAAUUAGCUCAACAAAUUCAGCAGGUCGCAUCCGACUUCGGUCACACCUCCAGAAUAAGAAACACGUGCGUAUUCGGCGGAGCGCCGAAGGGACCGCAAGCCAGUGAUCUGAGUGACGGCGUGGAGAUAAUAAUAGCCACACCCGGUCGCCUGAUCGACUUCCUGGAAAGCAACAGGACCAACUUGAGACGCUGCACCUACUUGGUAUUAGACGAGGCCGACAGAAUGCUGGAUAUGGGUUUCGAGCCUCAGAUACGUAAAAUUAUCGAACAGAUCCGGCCGGAUAGACAGACCCUGAUGUGGUCGGCCACUUGGCCUAAGGAGGUUCAAGCGUUGGCCACCGAAUUUCUGAAAGAUUAUGUUCAAAUUAACGUGGGGUCGCUGCAACUGUCGGCUAAUCACAAUAUUUUACAAAUUAUCGACGUCUGUCAGGAAUAUGAAAAGGAAACGAAACUGAGCACAUUAUUGAAAGAGAUUAUGUCUGAAAAGGAAAAUAAGACUAUUAUUUUUAUUGAAACAAAAAGGCGUGUAGAUGAUAUAACCAGAAAAAUGAAACGUGAUGGAUGGCCUGCAGUCUGUAUUCAUGGUGAUAAAUCACAACAAGAGAGAGACUGGGUUCUUCAAGAUUUUAGGUCUGGAAAAGCGCCAAUUCUAGUAGCAACUGACGUAGCAGCUCGAGGUUUAGAUGUCGAAGACGUCAAGUUCGUUAUAAAUUUCGAUUAUCCGUCCAACUCUGAGGAUUAUGUGCACCGUAUUGGACGUACGGGCCGGUCCCAACGCACUGGCACUGCCUACACGUUUUUCACGCCGAGUAACGCGAACAAAGCCUCCGACUUGGUGGCGGUCCUUAAGGAGGCCAAGCAGGUGAUCAAUCCCAAGCUCCAAGAGAUGGCGGACACUAGAGGAUGGGGUUCGAAUGGAAAUUCGGGGCGAGGGAGAAACCGAUGGGGAAGAAGCCGAAACGGCGGCCAACGUUGCAACAACCGCUCAUCGUCACGUUCCCGGUCCAGGUCGCCACGCAGAAACAUGCGACGAGAUCGCAGCAGGUCGAGAGACCGCAACGGCAGACGCAGACGUUCACCACCACGUAGCCUUAGCCGAUCGCCACAACCGCCCACAUCGUCGUCCUCUAGAUCAGGCAAGUCCACCACCACAAACAACAUGACCAUCAACAACAACAACAAUGGCAUGACGGGCAACAGCAUGGUUGGCGGCAUCGCCGCCCGCACUAUGGCCGGCCCUCCGCCGAUGCCGGUGACCACUUCGGUGCCACCGCCGUCACUGCCACCGCAACAACAACAGAAACAGCCUUCACUGCCUCCCCCUCCUCAGCCGGUGCUCGCGGCCUACCACCACCAUCAGAGUCUACCCCCGCCGCCCCCGGGCGCUCCCUACGGCGCCUAUCAACUACCGAAUGGGGCAGUGUUUUUCAACGCGCCGCCUCCGCCGCCGCCGAACCAGGGGGUUGCCGGGAUGUACUUUCCAUACGCUCCGCCACCUCCCGCACCUCGUUAGAUUGCGCAAGGAAGCAGUGGAUAUGGGGAUAGACGAAGAAGAUAGCUAAAUUAUUGUUUAGAAGAAUCUCAUUUGUAUUAUAAGAUCAAAUAUUAGUUUAGAAUGAUUAAUAUUGUAUUUAAAAUACAUUGUUCAAAUGAAUUAGGUUGUUAAAUAGUGCAAUCUAGUUUAUAGUACCAAUUUGACUGAGAGAUUGUACUAUAUUAAUUAUUUAUUUGUAAGUUUAAUAAUUUUAGCUUUUGGUGGAUACUUUUAUGAAUUUUCAAUAACGUGAUUUUCUUAAAAAAAUAAGUUCACUAAGUAUUAAAUCUUAUUUAUACCUAUCUUAUUGUUAUAUGUAAAUAAAUUAUAUUAUUGUA